AUGCCUCUUCCUCCUCAUAACUUUAGAACUUAUUUUACAUUAAUUGAUAAUCCAAAUAAUCCUACAAAUGCUUUCGCUGUGUGCAAGUGGUGCAUAAGAAAGCAUGGUGGGUUAGGAGUAGCCCAAUUAAAACCGGAAUGCUGUACAGUAAAUAGAGGAUGUUUAUGCCGUAAUCAUCUAGUAAAAUGUAAUGCCUUUCAUGAAGCUAAUACCAAAGAAGAAGUACAAAAAAUUUUAGCAUUACCA